AUGGUAAACAACACAGAGAACAACAUCAACAACACAGAGAACAACAUCAACAACACCAAAACAACAGAACCAGUACCUGAGACUGCUGAGUUUUUCUGGUCCAAAGCGGAACAGGCUGGACUCCUCAGUUCUUAUUUCUAUGGUUACUUCGUCACACAAAUUCCAUCUGGAAUCUUGGCCAAGAAAUAUGGUGGGAAGAACGUCAUGUUUAUCGGGAUGCUGAUUGGUUCGAUCAGCUCACUGCUUCUACCAAUAGGCGCCCGGACGUCCAUCUAUAUUGCCUAUGUACUCCGAGUGCUUCUAGGGGUGUCCCAGGCGGUGUACUUCCCGGCGUCACAGGCAAUGUGGGGUAGAUGGGCGCCGCCCCUGGAGAGAACCAAACUAACAGCGAUAUGCUAUUCAGGUACAAUGUUUGGUGGUAUAGCUACAUUUGCCAUAUCAGGACUGCUGUGUGUUUAUGGAUUUGAUAAUGGAUGGGGGUCAAUGUUCUACAUUACUGGUGCUAUAUCGGUGUUCUGGUGCUUGUUGUGGUAUUAUACGGUGGCCAGCUCACCAGCACAGCAUCCACGCAUCUCCACAGCGGAGAAAAACUACAUCAUCAACAGCAUCGGAGACACAGGACAGAACGGACUUCUGUCUUCUGUCGCCUUUGCCAGCCAGACAGUGUCCGGAAUGGUCACUGGUCAGGUAGCCGACUACCUCCGGUCAAGGAAAUACCUCAGUACUACGGCAACCCGGAGGAUCUUCCAGACAGUAUCGUUUAUAGGAACAGGUGCGUUUCUGAUAGGAGCAGGGUUUGUGGACGAGGAACAUCGAUAUUACGCCGUUGCCAUGAUAACAAUAGCACUGUGGUUUCUAGGAAUGUCAUCUGCUGGGUACAUUGUCAACAGUGUCGACUUCGCUCCAAGACAUGCUGGCAUACUGUUCGGCAUUUCCAACUCUGUAGCAACAAUACCGGGGACGAUAGCACCUCUCCUUGCAGGCGCCCUUACGCCAAAUAAAACCCAGGAAGAAUGGCGGAACAUGUUUUACGUGUGUGGGGGGUUCUGCCUACUGGGGGCGGUGGUUUUCGGCACCCUGGCCCAGGGGGAGCUGCAGCCGUGGGCGGUGGACAACGUGGAGAUAAUUGUGGAGGAGGGGAAGGACGUCACCGAUGUGUCCGGCAAAACUAGUGAUGCACAAAAUGUCAGCCUUAACGUUGAAUAUCACAAAUAA